AUGAGCAUUCUUUGUUUACCUUUAUUAGUGCUUCUAUAUGUUUACCUAACGUAUCGUUAUCGGUAUUGGUUGCGUCAUGGUGUCGUCGACGUCAAACCUAAUCCUAUACUCGGUAAUUUAGGGUGUUUACUGCGCAUGCAAUGUACUUCUGCUCAUAUGAUACAAGCGAUCUACAACUAUCCCGAAGCUGGAGAUCGUCCUUUCGUUGGUAUUUAUCUUUUUCAUCGUCCGGCUUUGCUGCUACGCGAUCCCGAACUGAUAAAACGCAUUCUAAGUAGGGAUUUUCCAAAAUUUUCUAAUCGGUUCUCAAACUCAGAUUAUUUUGGUGACCCUCUUGCCUCUCGGAAUUUAUUCUUUCUGAAAAAUCCUUAUUGGAAAGAAAUACGUUUGAAGCUGACUCCUUUCUUUACAAGUGGAAAACUGAAACAAAUGUGUUCGCUAAUCGAAGAAGUGGGACUUAAUCUCAAUGAAUAUCUCUUGAAAAUGCCUUUAAACGGCGAUAAGAGUUUCCAACUGGAGCUUAAGGAACUUUGCUCUUUAUAUACCACAGACGUGAUUGCAACUGUAGCUUUCGGUAUACAAGCGAAUUCUUUUAAAUAUCCGAAUGGAGAAUUUCGUCAUAACGGUCGUGAAAUAUUUCGUUUUAGCACUAGACGAGCUUUGAACUUAGGUGUUGUCUUCUUCUUGCCGUAUUUGGUUUCGUAUUUGCGCACAAAAGUCGUACCAACAAAACAAACGGAAUUUUUGCGAUCUACCAUGAAUCGCAUAUUGGAGGAGCGGGAGAAAUCUGGAAUGAAGCGUCACGAUUUAAUCGAUAUCUUGAUAGAAUUCAAAAAUCAAACCAAAAACCAACCAAGGCAAGAUGAUUUAAAAUUUGAAGGUGACCUGCUCGUGGCACAAGCGGCUAUAUUUUUUAUAGCAGGAUUUGAGUCAACAUCGACUACAAUGUCAUUUGCUUUAUAUGAAUUGGCAAAAAACCCGGAAAUGCAAGAAAGACUACGCAAAGAAGUUUGCGAUGCUCUUAAUGAAAGCCGCGGAAAGAUCACACAACAGAUCAUUGAGAGCUUGGAAUAUAUGCAAAUGAUUAUAGACGAAACAUUGAGA